GGGGAUGGCUAGAGGAUAGGUGGAACCAUUAGCACCAUAUUGCUAGCUCUAGUGGAGUAGAGCUAGCUUAAAUAUGAAAGUCACACUCACUCACCAAGUCAUGGAUGAGAGGAGAGAGUGUGGAGAGCCACGCGCGCGCGCUCGCCUGGCCGGGGCGGGGCGGGGCGGGGCGAAGGGCGCGGACGCACGACAUGCGCGUGAAUGGUCCGCCGAAAUCCGGCCCCUCGCCUUGCGGGGGCGCGGCUACUGCGAGAUUUUCGUGGCGGAUAAGCACGGGGGGUCGCCCUGAGCCGCCUUCCAGUUCUCUUCGUCCCGAUUGUAGAGGUGCAUCUGCGAUUAGGAGAGCAGGUCUCCGGAACCCUUCGCCUUCUAGAUCCUGCACCAGGAGAGGCCGAAUAAGGUUUUUGGGAAGCGUCUUCACGCGACUGCUCGUGAUCUGAUUGACCUCGUCGACCCUGCUGAUUUCGCUACUUCGACAUCGUCGACCCUGCUGAUUCCGGCGCGUGCCAUCUAUCAGUAAGUCUAAUCAGUACGCAUCAUCUGAUUUGGCUUGUUAUUUCAGUGCUUGUGAUUUUGUCAUGAUUUAUAUUCGGAAUUUAAACUGGAAUUUGUCUAAUUGUUCAACAAUCCAAAAACCUUAUUGUAGACAAUUUCCUAGUUUUUCUAUGGCUGCUUUUGCCGACGCGCUGAAGCUAGAAAAGUUUAAUGGUAUGCACUUUAAAAGAUGGCAAGUCAAGGCCACGCUCUGGCUUACUGCUAUGAAUGUCUUCCAUGUUAGUAAAGGCAGACCUGAGGGUCCACUGACUCCUGAACGGGAGAAAGAGUACGACCAUGCCAAUACUAUGUUCACGGGAGCCGUUCUUAGCGCCCUUGUUGACCGUCUGGUUGAUGCAAAUAUGCAGUACACAGACGGGAAAGAGUUGUGGGAUGCACUUACUACUAAGUAUGGUGCAUCAGAUGCUGGCAGUGACCUGUAUAUCAUGGAGAGCUUUCAUGAUUAUAAGAUGGUUGAUAAUCGCUCUAUUGUAGAGCAAGCUCAUGAAAUACAGUGUAUAGCCAAGGAGCUCGACCACCUUAAGAUAGUCCUUCCUGACCGAUUUGUGGCUGGGUGCAUUAUUGCAAAGUUGCCUUCUACAUGGAGGAACUUCGCCACAGCUCUGAAACAUAAGAGACAGGAGAUAUCAGUUGAAAAUCUGAUAGCGUCUCUGGAUGUUGAGGAGAAAGCUCGGGCAAAGGACACAGGAUCUAAAGGAGGCGAGGGCCACUCCAGCGCCAACAUGGUUCAGAAGAACCACAACAAGGGCAAAGGAAAGCCAAAAUCUAACAAGCCCAACAAAACUACCAACUUCAAGAAGAAGAAGAACAAGGCUGAAUUGACAUGUUUCGCAUGUGGCGAGGCGGGUCAUUUUGCCAAGGAUUGUCCUGAUCGAGCGGAUCGCCGUGGCAAAAAGGGCAAUGUCAACACAGUGGUCGCUAGCAAUGAGGAAGACAAAGGGUAUGGUAAUUUACCUUUUAUCUUCUCAGUAUUUCAAUCACCUAGCUGGUGGCUUGAUACUGGUGCUAAUGUUCAUGUGUGUUCUGACAUUAACUUGUUCUCUUCUUAUCAGGGCGCCCGGGAUUCUUCCGUGCUAAUGGGGAAUGGGUCACAUGCUUCUGUUCAUGGCACUGGCACGGUGGAUCUGAAGUUUACUUCGGGAAAGAUCGUGCAGCUGAAGAACGUGCAUCAUGUCCCUUCUAUACACAAGAAUCUCGUUAGCGGAACCCUUCUAUGUAGAGAUGGGUUCAAGGUAGUUUUGGAGUCCAAUAAAUUAGUUGUGUCCAAGUCUGGACAAUUUAUUGGUAAAGGCUAUGAUUGCGGAGGCUUGUUCCGCUUUUCUUUGUUAGAUUUCAAUAAUAAGUCUGUGAACCAUAUUUGUGCUAAUGUUGAUGAUCUUGCGAGUAUUUGGCAUUCUCGUUUGUGUCAUAUUAAUUUUGGCUCUAUGUCUCGGCUUGCAACCAUGAGUUUAAUUCCGAAUAUCACCAUAGUCAAAGGUUCUAAGUGCCAUAGUUGUGUGCAGUCGAAGCAACCUCGAAAGCCUCAUAAGGCUGCUAAGGAGAGACACCUGGCACCGCUAGAACUCAUACAUUCUGAUCUUUGUGAGAUGAAUGGUGUGUUGACAAAGGGUGGUAAGAGAUACUUCAUGACAUUGAUUGAUGAUGCGUCUAGAUUUUGCUAUGUAUACUUGCUAAAAACUAAAGAUGAGGCUUUAGACUACUUUAAAAUCUACAAGGCUGAAGUUGAAAACCAACUAGAGAGAAAGAUCAAACGUCUUAGAUCAGAUCGUGGUGGCGAGUUCUUUCCCAAAGUCUUUGACGAUUUCUGUGCAGAACAUGGCAUUAUUCAUGAGAGGACUCCUCCCUAUUCACCCGAGUCAAACGGGAUUGCUGAAAGGAAAAACCGUACGUUGACUGACCUGGUGAAUGCCAUGUUAGACACUUGUGGUUUAUCUAAGGCAUGGUGGGGGGAGGCAGUCCUGACUUCAUGUCAUGUUCUGAAUAGAAUUCCUAUGGGCAAAGAAGAGAAAACCCCUUAUGAGAAGUGGGUUGGGAAAAAACCAUCACUUUCAUACUUGCGCACUUGGGGGUGCAUGGCGAAAGUCAAUGUACCAAUUAAUAAAAAGCGCAAGCUUGGUCCAAGGACAGUGGAUUGUGUCUUUCUUGGAUAUGCUUCGUGUAGCAUAGCAUAUAGAUUUUUAGUAGUUAAAUCUGAAGUUCCUGAUGUAUUUGUUGAUACUAUUAUGGAAUCACGUGAUGCUACUUUCUUUGAACAUAUAUUUCCAAUGAAAGACAUUCAUAGCAAUUCUAGAUACUCUUCUGAGAUAACUCCUGAACAUAGUACACCUAUUGAGAGUUUUGAACAGCCACAUGAAAUUGUCCUAGAGGAGGAUGACAAUGAUGCUCCUAAAAGGAGCAAGAGACAAAGGGUUGAAAAAUCCUUUGGUGAUGAUUUCAUUGUGUACCUUGUGGACGAUACUCCUACUACCAUUGCAGAAGCAUUUGCAUCUUCAGAUGCAGAUGAUUGGAAAGAAGCAGUUCAUAAUGAGAUGGACUCUAUUCUUUCAAAUGGUACGUGGGAAGUCACUGAUCGACCCUAUGGAUGCAAACCUGUGGGUUGUAAGUGGGUGUUUAAAAAGAAGCUCAAGCCUGGUGGUACAAUUGAAAAGUACAAGGCUAGGCUUGUGGCUAAAGGCUAUACUCAGAAAGAAGGAGAAGACUUCUUUGAUACUUACUCACCUGUUGCUAGAAUGACCACUAUUCGAGUACUACUUUCUUUGGCUGCCUCGUAUGGUCUCCUUGUUCAUCAGAUGGAUGUAAAGACAGCUUUUCUUAAUGGAGAGCUGGACGAGGAAAUCUAUAUGGAACAGCCUGAUGGAUUUGUAGUAAAGGGUCAAGAAAGCAAGGUGUGCAAGCUAUUGAAAUCUUUGUAUGGUCUGAAGCAAGCACCAAAGCAGUGGCAUGAGAAGUUUGACACUACUCUAACGUCUGCAGGCUUUGCCAUUAAUGAGGCAGACAGGUGUGUAUAUUAUCGCUGUGGUGGGGGCGAAGGAGUUAUAUUGUGCUUAUAUGUUGAUGAUAUAUUGAUAUUUGGCACAAACAUUGAUGUGAUCAAUGAAGUCAAGUCUUUUCUAUCAAAGAGUUUUGAUAUGAAAGAUCUGGGAGAAGCUGAUGUGAUUCUAAACAUCAAGCUGAUUAAGGCAGAUGGUGGGAUUACUCUCUCGCAAUCUCACUAUGUUGAAAAGGUUUUGAAGCGAUUUGGCUUCUCUGAGUGCAAACCUUCUCCAACACCUUAUGAUCCCAGUGUGACACUGCGAAAGAACAAGAGAAUUGGUUUAGACCAAUUGAGAUACUCUCAGAUUGUCGGUUCACUCAUGUAUCUUGCUGGUGCAACAAGGCCCGAUAUCUCGUUUGCUGUGAGCAAAUUGAGUAGGUUCAUGUCAAACCCCGGGACUGAUCAUUGGCAUGCUCUUGAGCGGGUUAUGCGCUACCUGCAAGGUACAAUGAGUUAUGGAAUUCACUAUUCUGGUCAGCAUGCAGUACUUGAAGGAUAUAGUGAUUCGAACUGGAUAUCUGAUGCAGACGAGCUUUAUGCCACCAGUGGUUAUGUCUUUACUAUUGGUGGAGGUGCGGUAUCAUGGAGGUCAUGCAAGCAGACCAUUUUGACGAGGUCAACCAUGGAAGCCGAGCUAGCUGCACUUGACACAGCAACCGUUGAGGCAGAAUGGUUGCGUGAACUCUUGAUGGACUUGCCAGUGGUUGAGAAACCAAUACCAGCUAUCCUUAUGAACUGUGACAAUCAGACAGUGAUUGCUAAAGUGACGAGUUCUAAGGAUAAUGGAAAGUCAUCAAGACAUGUCAAAAGACGAUUGAAGUCUGUCAGAAAGUUGAGAAACUCCGGAGUUAUAAGUGUGACUUAUAUUUCAACAGAUAAAAAUCUGGCAGAUCCUUUUACCAAGGGACUACCACGUAAUGUGAUAGAAAUCGCAUCGAGAGAGAUGGGUAUGAGACCCGAAUAAAGUUGCCAUGGUGGAAACCCAGUCUAUGUGAUCGGAGAUCCCGUGAAUUAGGUCCUGGGAAGAACAAGCCAUUGGUGAACUGAGGAGAGUAACCUUUGACCCUCUCUAAGUAAAGAUGUAAUACUCUCAAAUGCUGUAAGGCAGGUUGGCUUUGUGCCUUAAUGUGUUCUGUUGGCUUGUAUUAGCGAAGAUGUUGUCCUGCAGAACAUUCUUUGAAAGAACACACCUAUAUGAGUUAGACUGUCUAACGUCGCAGUCUAUGAGAUUUGGGUGAUCUCUAGUAAACUCAUGAAGAGACCUUGGAGUACGACGUAUAUGCUCUACCCGAGAAGGGGACUACUGGUAGCCAAGUAUUGGUCAUGACUUCAAGUGAAACCCAUUCACGCAAAACUUGCAAUUCAAGGCAUAGUCCAUUGUCCAAGUUGUGGGUUGGUGUAGCUUGGAGUUCUAGGCGGAAGUUCAACUUAACAGUCUCUGCUGAAAAACUAGUAUAUUAAACAGUAGUGAACAGUGGCGAAAACUGCAGAUGGGCAUUUGAGAUCUGGUGGGGGAUUGUUAGGAUUUAUGGGCUUGGCCCAAUUAAUAAAUUCAAAUAAAUCCCAGAAAAUCUCAAAAGCCCAUACAAGGGGAUGGCUAGAGGAUAGGUGGAACCAUUAGCACCAUAUUGCUAGCUCUAGUGGAGUAGAGCUAGCUUAAAUAUGGAAGUCACACUCACUCACCAAGUCAUGGAUGAGAGGAGAGAGUGUGGAGAGCCACACGCGCUCGCUCGCCUCGCCUCGCCUGGCCUGGCCUGGCCUGGCCGGGGCGGGGCGGGGCGAAGGGCGCGGGCGCACGACAUGCGCGUGAAUGGUCCGCCGAAAUCCGGCCCCUCGCCUUGCGGGGGCGCGGCUACCUUUUGCCGUUUGAUUUUUUGGUUUCUUGGCUGUUACGCUUAUCCUAACCGAUCGCUAUAAAAUCUCAACUGAUUGCGAGAUUUUCGUGGCGGAUAAGCACGGGGGGUCGCGGACUCGGCCCUAUAAAAGGAGCCCGGCAGCCAGCCUCCAAAUUAUCCCAAUUCGCUUUCGCCUCUCUUCACAGCUGAGCCGCCUUCCAGUUCUCUUCGUCCCGAUUGUAGAGGUGCAUCUGCGAUUAGGAGAGCAGGUCUCCGGAACCCUUCGCCUUCUAGAUCCUGCACCAGGAGAGGCCGAAUAAGGUUUUUGGGAAGCGUCUUCACGCGACUGCUCGUGAUCUGAUUGACCUCGUCGACCCUGCUGAUUUCGCUACUUCGACAUCGUCGACCCUGCUGAUUCCGGCGCGUGCCAUCUAUCAGUGAAUCAACGAUACACAAUGAGGCUGUGGAGGCGGAUACAGUAUGAGGAAAGGAAAUGUGCCAAUCAGAGAAAGCUUCUCUCUGAUGCAGAGACUGUCAGGUGGCUUAAUUACGCUGUGGAAAAGAUUUGGCCAGUUUGCAUGGAGAGGGUUGCAUCCCAGCAGUUCCUUUUACCCAUAUUCCCGUGGUUCCUAGAGAAGUUCAAACCAUGGACAGCAAGGAAAGCAGUAAUCCAAAGCCUUUACUUGGGUAGGAACCCACCGAUGUUUACAGAUAUUAGGGUAGUUAACCAAUCAACCGAUGAUGACCACUUGGUUCUAGAGAUAGGGAUGAAUUUUCUUUCAGCUGACGAUAUGGAUGCAAGAAUGGCUGUGCAACUAAGGAAGAGAUUAGGAUUUGGCAUUACAACAAACAUGCAUAUAACUGGGAUGCAUGUUGAAGGAAAGGUUCUGGUAGGGGUGAGAUUUCUGCGGCAGUGGCCAUUUAUUGGGCGUGUAAGAGUAUGCUUUGUUGAGCCUCCAUACUUCCAAAUGACAGUGAAACCGCUGUUUGGUCAUGGACUUGAUGUAACUGAACUCCCAGGAAUUUCUGGAUGGCUUGACAGGAUGCUGGAUGUUGCCUUCGGACAGACACUUGUGGAGCCCAACAUGCUAGUUAUUGAUCUGGAAAAGUUUGCCUCUGAAUCAACAGAUAACUGGUUUAGUGUUGAUGAGAAGCCACCUAUCGCAUAUGCUCGAGUGGAGAUCCUGGAAGGUGCUGAUAUGAAGCCAUCUGAUCCUAAUGGACUAGCUGAUCCAUAUGUGAAAGGACAACUUGGACCCUACCGUUUUCGCACAAAGAUCCAUAAGAAAACUCUUGAUCCAAAAUGGCUCGAGGAGUUUAAAAUACCAAUAACUUCAUGGGAAGCACUCAAUCUUCUUCAUCUUCAAGUCCGAGAUAAGGAUCCCAUUUUUGAUGACGCUCUUGGCGAUUGUUCCAUAAGCAUCAACAAGUUAAGAGGUGGAAUAAGGCAUGAUAUAUGGAUUGCACUGAAGAACAUAAAGACAGGGAGGAUUCACGUUGCUGUAACUGUACUUGAAGAAGAAAAUGAAAAGGUUUCUAAUGAUGAAGAGGAACAGUGUGGAAUACACAAGGUUGACAAGGCUAGCACACCGAGGUCAAGUUUCUCCUCCAGGACCAACCAUGAAAGUGAAUGUUCUGAUGAAUUCCGGAAGAUGUCUGAUGAAUUUGAGCCAGUUGACAUAGAAGGAUCGGAAAAGCCCGAUGUUUGGGUGCAUCGCCCUGGCAGUUAUGUCACCAGUACAUGGGAACCUCGGAAAGGCCGUGCCCGGUGCCAGGAUUCCAGAAUUCACCGGGAGAAUGAUUCUUGUAGUGAUAGUCCAAGGUCAUCAGUGUCAGGAUCUCAUAGAAGUGACUCCAGCACUGAAGAACCCACGAGCAGUAAAUCGCAUCGCCACCUUCAAAAGGUCAAGAAGGGUUUGGGCAAGCUAGCUGGAGCAGUGCUCCACCGGAGCCCAAAGGAGAAUGAUGACGAAGCUUCCCCAUGUGUAACUCCUCACCAAAACAUUCGACCGGUCGGGGAAAGCAGGGUUUCAGUAACAUAUGUGGUCGAUCAAGAUCCAGCAGGGGUUGACGGAUCGGGGUCGAGACGAGAUGACCACCAGCAAAGCCCUGAGAGAGAGGAGCUGGACAGCCCGAGUAAAAGGCAUCUGAGGAAGAAGGCGGUGCACAUGGUGAAACAUGCUGGGAAAACCGCUCAUAACCUAAAGAGCAUGUUCAGCAAGAAGGGCCUUGACAAGAGCAAAGAAGAACACCGCAGUGAUGAGGAAUGCGACGAGGAAGGCGACGUUGUUGCUGCUAGAAGAGUGUAGAAUAUGCAAGGCUUAGUUCUAUUCCUUUGGGGUUGUAGUAUACAUAUAGUAUGUACUGAUGAAGUGUUGCACAAGAGGCGCUUGGGCCAUGGGUCUCAUCGGCUAAAUAGAGUAUUACAUACCACAUUUGACACCCUCUCACAAACCUAGACUUAGGUGAAGCUUUUGAUCAUGAAUA